CCGCGGCCCCGCUGCUCGCCGGGCUGCAAGCGCCGAACUGUAAGCGCCGAACUGCGAGGCGCUGCUGCCGCCACCUCUCCCGGCCCCACGGAGCCACUCCGCUCUUGGAAUGCCUCAGAAAGGCCCGAGGGUCGUUCUGAAGGGCGAAUCUCACCCAAAAAUUGGGGUUGGUUCGUGCACAGAGUUUCUCUCAGCUCAGCGGCAUUGUUUCUAAGCAACACAAGAAAGCAGCAGUCCUGCAUGAAGCCAUAGCCUAAUUUCCCUGGCACACAAAGGAAGACAGAGGCAAGAAAGGAACAGCAACACCAAGAGGGAAAUCCUGCUCAUAAAUACCUGAAGUCAGAGAGGCUCCAAACCCAGAUCCUGAGGCCUAUUGCAAAGUUGAUACAGAUCCCACUGAGCUUAUGUUACAGUAAGAACUAGAAUAUGGAAAGAAAACGCCUGAAGAAAAAGAUUGAAAAACUCCUGGGAGAUUAUGUUGGCAUCAGACUACGAGAAAAAGAAUUUGAUCCAAGAGGACAAAGGCCACCCACCUUUCUAGAUGACAUGGUCCAUUACAACUUAGCCCUCAGUGUUGCUUUGCAGUGGCUUAGUGACUUGGAUGCUCCGAUUGCACUGAGAGGAGAGAAAAUGAACUUUGCAGCUCACAACCAAUACACAUAUCCCAACCGAACUGAGAGAGAGGCUAUGAUAUUAUCUUCAUACGCUGGAAUAUUAAUGAACAGCAUUCCUAUAGAAGAGAUCUUUGAGAUUUACAGCACGAGGCCCUCAGCAACACACUGGCAGAGGUCUGCAAAUGACCACUGGAUUCAACCUUUCAGGUUCUCCCUGCACCCAUUUGCCAUGCUGACUGCCCCUGAAGCUGCAGAGUAUGCCUGGAAGCAAAGCAUCAAGUACCAGACAGGAACAGCACAUGAAAAGCAAGUACCUUGUUCAGCAAGGAGAGAUAAAAAGGACCACAAGCAACUGGACCCACUGACCAGAGGAAAGCAACACAUUGACAAAGGAGCUACAGAAGCAAAACAAGGAAUCUCUCCAAGGAAUCCUGGAACAGAUUCAAAAGUGGGGAAUGCAAAGGAAGCAAAGACGUAACAAAAGCCUAGACUUCAUGUACCUCACUUAGUUGUAGCAAAGGGCUCAGCUAAAGAAAGCCUCUCCCUGCAGUGCCAGUGUAGCACUGAAGUCUGUCUUCCAAUCUCCAUUUGUAGGUCUCUGAUAGUUUGCCUCUGUUAUGUCCAGGCUGUGUUGCCGAAGAGCACUCCCCAUUUCCUAGAUGGGCUGUCAACUUUAAUCCUUGUACUGACUCUACCUUGGAAUAUGAGUUGGAUGUGGUUCUGCUUCCACGUUCCCUCUUCCUCUGUCAGGAAGCUUGAGCACACAAUAUGGGGUGUUUGUAUUAGACUCUUUCUACCUAAUUCCAUAGAAAUUUCAGGGCUCAAUGGGGUUGAAGUAUUCACUGCUGAGAGGUGUGUUUAACACUAACUGCAGGGUAGAGAGACUUCAUUAGAGGUCCUUACAUAUAAAAAUGAUAAACAUGAAGAUUUCCGGCUACUUGUAGCCAGGGGAUAGACAGUUAUCCAAAGUAUGGUCACAUAUUGUACAGCUGCAUUAACCCAUCUCUCUUGGAGAUGGUCCUGUACUCUAACACAAAGUAUCUACUAAAGGAAAAUAAAAAAUAAACAUUUGUGAAGCAAAAAUAUUUUUCUCCUAUUCUCCUUUCUGCUGGUUCUCAGUCACUGAGCCUAUUUAUGGAGAUGCCAAAAGAGAGCACUACGCAGGAAAGCCUGGGAAUGGUUAAACUUAAUCAGGGAUUAAAGGGUCUUUUAGAAGUCCUCAUGGACUCAAAGCUUGCUUUCAGCUUACCAGGUUCACAGUGUUUGGUUUUUUUAAUACAUCACAAAUUUCCUAUUAAAAUCAGUCUAAAAUAAAAUGUAGUUCCUGUAAACACCUAUCCUUGCAGUUCUGGUUUGUCCCUGGGGAAAGCCCUGACUACAGCUUGAUACAUUUAGAAAUUACAGAUUAACGAGCGAGUCUUUGUGCUGAUAUAGAUGGGGCUUCUCAGCCAUACCACGCAUCCCCUCACUUUCCUUUCAAGCCAUGUGAGCCCAAAUUCUAGGCCUUUAGAAGUCAGGUGAGAGGGCUGGGGGGAUCUGAGGUAAACAGCAUCACCUUCUAUUACGCAGGAACUCUUUAAGAAUCUCUGCAGCAUCAGCAGUUUUGGCCUGGUUAGUUCACUCUGCAGGAAGGGAGACUGCUGGAACACACUAUCCAAUCCUAUUUAGUAACUAGUUUCUACCUCUCCUCUAUUGUCUGUGUUCACUGCUGGGAUAGGUCUACCCUGUCAUAUUCAGCACUUGCUUUUUCCUGAAGUUCAGAGCAUCCAUCAACUUCUGAGCAGAGGCUUCCGUUCUUGCAAACAAACUUGCAAACAAAUUCAGUAGAAGAGUAGGUCAGUAAUAGGACCCUGAGCAAACUUCCUCCCAAUUCAAACAGCACCAGUCUGACCCCUGGAAAGCCAACACAGAGAGAAAUUGUCCUUUGAAAUGAGGUCACUACAAGAGGGGAGGAGGGGAUAUUGCUGCUGAGCACGAGAGAACAAUGGUAAGGGGGUAGUUCAGAUUAAACAGCUAGA